UUUGUGGCCGUCUCUGCGGCGUUUGAUUUGUCACAGAAACUGGUCCAACACCUGAAGACCGAGAACCAACUGCUCCGGUCGGCCACUCACGACCUGAUGCCACCACUAGUGGAUCAGCCGCUGGUAACCACCGCUAUUGGCGUCGAUGGCUGUGAUAACAUGACUAAUGGUGUGCGGAGUCUCGCGAUCUGUUUGGAUGAUAACUCGAUGAAGACGUUGUCGACUGACGUGCCAAAUGAGGUCACAAACGAUGGCAAUACUGGAGACAAUCCUUCGGAGAAGGAGAUCUGCAGAAGUGAUUUGAUUGCCAUUCAAUACGAGGAAGAAAUCAAAGAGUUGCGCGAAGAUUGGGAACUCCUGUGUCUACAGUCUGUCCUCGAAGUUGUCGUUACACAUGAGGAUCAAAUCAACGCCAGAAGUCAUCUGAAGGAGUCUACCGAUGAGGACACGGAUGUUGAGGAGGACAUGGAUGUCGACAUGAAUGAUAAGGAAAAGUCUGCGAAAUCGCGUCUCAAGUGUCGGAUCUGUGGCCGAAAAUUCAUCGAUGAGUCCCUUCUGGAGGAGCAUAAGCGACAACACGAGGCCUUUGACCCCAAACAGGUCCGCUGUGCCGAAGACCUGUGCGGACACCAGUUUGAC